UUUAUAUCAAACUCAAAACCAACACAGAAAACAACAAGAACGGGAAUUCAAGCCUUCUUGUUCAGUUUUCCAAAGCUUACUUUUCUCUCUUCGAUCUCUUCCGUCUGACCCACGGCGGCUUGUCUAUCAUCUUCCACAUCCAACACAUAAGAUGGAAGUCGGAAAGAGAUCGGCGAUGGAGCAUAACACCAAGUCAGGCAAGCCUUUAAAAAUGAAAGUCAAGUUUGUCGACGAUGAAAAGGAUGUCGUCAAAGCCACAGACGCCUUGCCUCUGCCUCUGUACCUGACAAAUGCGGUCUUCUUCACUCUCUUUUUCUCCGUCGUCUACUUCUUGCUCACAAGCUGGCGUGAGAAGAUACGUACCAACACUCCUCUUCAUAUCAUAGAUCUCUCCGAGAUCGUUGCGAUCAUUGCAUUUGUAGCAUCCUUCAUCUACCUCCUUGGCUUCUUCGGCAUGGAUUUCGUUCAGUCCCUCAUUCUCCAGCCCAGUAAUGACAUUUGGGCUGCCGACGAUGAUGAAGAUAUUAUUCUUAAGGAGGAUGCUCGCAAAAUCCCUUGUGGCCAGGCCAUUGAUUGUUCAAUUCCCAAAAUGGCUCCGAUUGCUUCACCAAAAGCUGUUCCUAAAGUUGCCCCAAAAGUGUUUGAAGAAAAGGCAAUGAUCGAGACACCACCACCUACUGAAAAAGACGAAGAGAUUAUAAAGGCAGUGGUUGCCGGAACCAUUCCUUCAUACUCACUCGAGUCAAAGCUCGGCGACUGCAAGAGGGCAGCCUCUAUUAGGCGUGAGGCUUUGCAGAGAGUUACAGGCAAGUCUUUGGAGGGGUUGCCUUUGGAAGGCUUUGAUUACGAGUCCAUCUUGGGUCAGUGUUGCGAAAUGCCAGUUGGGUAUAUUACCAUUCCUGUUGGGAUUGCUGGGCCUCUCAUGCUUGAUGGAACAGAGUUCUCUGUCCCCAUGGCCACCACUGAAGGUUGCUUGGUGGCGAGUACCAACCGCGGUUGCAAAGCUAUUAACUUGUCUGGUGGAGCUUCAAGUGUGCUAUUGAAAGAUGGAAUGACCAGAGCUCCUGUUGUCAGAUUCAACUCUGCUAAAAGAGCUGCUGAGUUGAAGUUCUACAUGGAAGACCCUGCCAAUUAUGAAACCAUUUCCAUGGUUUUCAACAAAUCAAGCCGAUUCGGUAGACUUCAGACGGUCAAGUGUGCCGUUGCUGGGAAGAACCUGUACAUGAGAUUCUGCUGCAGCACCGGUGAUGCUAUGGGGAUGAACAUGGUCUCUAAAGGUGUUCAAAACGUUCUUGAUUUCCUCCAGAAUGACUUCCCUGACAUGGAUGUCAUUGGCAUUUCUGGUAACUACUGCUCAGACAAAAAGCCUGCUGCUGUUAACUGGAUUGAAGGUCGUGGCAAAUCUGUGGUUUGUGAGGCCGUGAUCAAGGGAGACAUAGUGACAAAGGUGUUGAAAACCAACGUGGCGGCCUUGGUGGAGCUUAACAUGCUCAAGAACCUUACUGGUUCUGCCAUGGCUGGUGCUCUUGGUGGGUUCAAUGCUCAUGCCAGUAACAUUGUUUCUGCAGUCUACCUUGCAACUGGCCAAGACCCUGCUCAGAACAUCGAAAGUUCUCACUGCAUCACCAUGAUGGAAGCCAUCAAUGAUGGAAAGGAUCUUCACGUCUCUGUAACCAUGCCUUCUAUUGAAGUUGGUACAGUAGGAGGAGGUACCCAACUUGCAUCGCAGUCGGCUUGUUUAAACUUGCUUGGAGUGAAGGGUGCUAACAGAGAGGCACCAGGAUCAAACGCAAGGCAGUUGGCUUGUGUUGUGGCUGGUUCUGUUCUUGCUGGAGAGCUAUCUCUGAUGUCAGCUAUUGCAGCUGGUCAACUUGUUAAGAGCCACAUGAAGUACAACCGAUCGAGCAAAGAUGUCACAACUGUUGCUUCCUCUUAAGAGCUAGAACCUUGAACCUCAAGAAAUUUUGCGACAUAUCUCUUUGUAAAUUACUUCAAGUCUAAUCUUUUAUCUCAUGUUAAUAAAUUUUUUCUUUAUUACUCAAA